AUGUCGGAAAAGAUACCUCUCCCCAAAUACCUGAAAAUGCUCACCUCCGGAAACAUUCCAGUUGCCAAAGCAAUGACCAUAUCUAGCAAGAUAUAUAAGGAAUACAAUACGGCAGAACAGCUUUCGCAGUUAACGGAUACCAAGCUCAAAGCCUUUGGAGUGGACGAAAAGGACAUUAGAAGGCUUGUUCUGACAGCUGUGAAAAAGGCAGGGCAUACGCUAAAGAGAGUCAGCGAGCCGGAGCAGCCUACUGCAUCCACAAGCGGAAACUCCUUUCCUCCGAGCACCGUAGAUGUCAUCACUACUCCUACAAAACGGAAACGGAAACGAAAUGAACAAGCGGACAAAUACCUACCGGAGGGUCCUGUUGACGAGGCGUCGUUGUACGGGAGCCUUGAAUUCAAGGAAAUUCUAGACGAGAACAUGCUGCGGACGAAGUCCGUAAUUAUCAACCGUGCCCCUUUAAUGACUGCAUGGGCAACUGUCGUGGCGGAGAGAAUGGGGUUCCAGCGUGAAGAGGCUCUCAGCAUAGCCUCGGUUUACACCGAAAUUAAUGCAAUAUCGAAAGGGGUCUCUCUUGGAAUUUUCAAGGAAGGGAAAGAAAAGGGCCUCGACGCAUUGAGAGGGGGUACUCAGCCGUACGUCGACUUCAUUGGCAGAAGGCCUUUAUAUCGGAAUCAGAAAGAGCAAUGGCGGGCUCUUCUGCAUGGUACCCCGGCGACCCCUAGUGCAGCUUUCGGCUACAUCUCUCGUUCGUUCCGUCAAACUACACCAUAUGUAGUCGGCACUCUUCGACUUCUUGCCGAUAGUUAUUCACCGCAAGAAAUCAACAACAAAGCCUGGUCCCUUUACGCCGAUUUUCGUCCAGAAGUCAACGGGUGGGGGAAACGAUCAGAGGUAAAAUGUCUAAAUAUACUUGACUUAAGGAAGCCCUCCAGCGAUGCCGAUCCUACGAAUGGAAGCGAGAGUGCGGAUAGGACUCCAAUAAAUAUCCAAUACAAAGAGGUGUCGGAGGAAUCCGAACCUGCCACAGAACUCGAAAGCAAGCGACGAAGGAGUUCAUCAGCAGUGGAAGACUAUGAAAAGGCACUGGAUGAAGAUCAUGAGCUCAACAACGCAAUUUUGGUCGCGGAUUUUUGA